GGAAGAGAAAACAGAACAGCAUUUUAUAAGCAAUGGACCUGGACUAAUCAAAUCAAAGUGCACUAUUUCAGAAGAGCGUUGGGUUGAAAAGUGUUGAGCAUGAAGCAGAUCUUCUCCCUGCUCUGGAUGGGAACACUCCUGCAAUGGGGGACAACAAACCGGCCCUACAUUCAUCCUUUCCAUCUAUUUACCUGCAAUCAAACUGUUGUCCAGGAGGAAAUGGACCAAAACAACAGCUUCCUUCUUGACCUGAGUGGGGUCGAUGUCACGAGUCCUGUGAAUGGGUCUGAACAGAGGUGGGAGGAUAAGGUACAAUGGAAUGUCAGCCGCAGCAAGAUUCUCUCCUUAAUCACUAUCCAGAAAGAUCUGGGCAACCUCUGGUUCCCCAGGCUGAGCCCACUGGAAGGGUCAGGGGUAGUGUUGAUGGCCCCCUUCCAUCUGUACGGGAGCCUGGCCGCUCUGUCUUUGGGGACUGGGGGGAUCACUGCUGAAAACUUCCGUGACCACCUGGGACUUGUGGACCACGGAUGCAUUGGUGAUCGGCAUUCCUGGGUCAUGCGUUGGCAAGGCAGGCUGCUCGAACAGGAAAUCUUAUCUCAACAAGGAGGCUUGCUGGACACUGGCACCUGGUUAGUUGUCAGGAAGGGCCUACACCUCCGCCAAGCCUUCCUGUGGGAACUCCAGUGGUUCCACCCCAGCGUGCAACUGAAAACAGCCAACACUAGCCAGCCCUACAUGGCUGAGGAGAUGAUCAACAGCCUCAUCCGCAACGCAACUGCUGGAAGGGUCAGCAGCCUGGUGAAUGGCCUGAGUCCAAGCACAAAUCUGGUGUUGGCCAGUUACAUUCACUUUAAAGGAAAGUGGAAGACUAGAUCGCAAUGUCAUGGAUCAGAAUUUCAAGAUUUCUUCGAUGAUGGAGAGGAUAAGGUCCAAGUCUCUAUGACAACUUGGUGUGGCAAGUUGGAGUAUAAGAUUGAUCCUACAUACACGAUGAUUAAGCUCCCAGUGACUGGAACAGCAGACAUCAUGCUUGUCCAGCCAGUCCAACCAGACACGUUGGAGAGUAUUGAAUCCUCCCUCGAAGUUAACAGGAUUGCACUUCAGUCUGGGAUUGUAAGGCUUGUCUUGCCACGGUUCAAAUGGAACAGUACAUAUGAUGUAAAGGAACUUUACCACAGGAUGCAACUGCCAAAUAUGUUGAGCGGUCAAGCUAAUUUCUCCAGAUUAAAUAAUGUCCAAAACCUAACACCAGACCAGAUAAUACAACAUGUUAUUUUUGAAGUGAUGGAAGAUGGAGAGAAGCCAACCCCUCCAGGACAUAUUCCAUUCAGUAAUACAACCAUCACAAUGGAGAUUCGGAUAGAUAAACCUUUCUUUUUCCAGGUCUAUAGUAGAACAUUGAAUAAUCUGCUGUUUCUUGGCAGAGUAAAAAAACUUCACUGA